AAAAGUCAAUUUCGUGCAUUGAUGGCGAACUGCAGCAACGCAGUGAAAAAUUUUCUCUUCAAAUCAUCGUCGAUCGCCUAAAAUCUGGAAUCGAAAAUUAACUAUAAAUCAAACACCGAAUAUUAUGAAAAGUGCUGCAAAACAAGCACUAAGUUAAGGAGAUCGUAUGCGGGAGUUUUACGUCGCGGAAAUAGGUGAACGGGACGCUCAGAACGACAGGGAUUGUUUCGUUUGUGUAUUGGAUUUUUUUUCUUGCUGGCUAAAGGCUACAGUGACAAGUGAAUAGUCAUCAGAGCAACUCUGGUUCCAAAACUGAUAACGGGACGACGAAAGCAGAAAAAAGCUUCAUUCUAUCGCAUUAAUUAUCAUUGAAAGCAGAAGCUGCUGGUGACCAUGUCUGGAUUCGAUGAUAACCCGUUUGGUGAGCCGAUCGUGGACAAUCCGUUUGCGGAUCCAUCGAUACAAGCUGCCACCCGCAAUACUACGAAUCCCCAGCAGAUGCUGGAUGAUUAUGACCCUUUUUCGAGCGACGCCGUACAACAGCAGCGAUCACAGCAGCAGCAGGGACAACCGGCGACCUUGCAACCUUCGUCGCAGAAUGUUCCGGCCUACAGUCCCAGUGCGGCACAGUACAACAACGGAGCGGGAAUCAUCGGUUCCGGUGCCGGAGGAGGUCCCAGCAGUCCGGCUGCGAUGACACAGAUUUCCACCGCCGAAUUGCAGCGCCGCCAAGAUGAGCUGGAGAAAAAAGCCAAAGAACUGGAGCGCAGAGAAGCGGAGCUAAUGAGCAGUGCCAACGCAAGCCGGCCGAAUAACUGGCCUCCGCUACCAUCCUUCUGCCCGGUGCAGCCGUGUUUCUACCACGACAUCAGUAUUGACAUCCCGGCGGAGUUUCAGAAAAUUGUGCAGAACCUCUACUACCUGUGGAUGUUCUACUCGUUGGUCAUGGUGGUUAACAUCUUCGGUGGGUUGGUGAUUCUGAUCCAUUCUCAGGAGUUUCGCACCUUUGGGUUGGGCAUUUUCUAUGCUAUACUUUUCACCCCGGCUUCGUUCCUGUGCUGGUAUCGCCCAGCUUAUAAGGCCUUCAAGAACGAUUCCAGCUUCAACUUUAUGAUGUUCUUCUUCAUUUUCUUUUUUCAAACAAUGGUUACGAUCAUUCAGACGAUCGGAUUUCCGGGAUCGGGAACUUGUGGUUUGAUACUGGCCAUUUAUCAGCUUUCAUCGGGUGGAUUGGGUAUUUUAGUUGGCAUUUUUGUACUGGCCAUUGCCAUUGGCUAUGGAGCAUGUGCUGCUGGUAAUAUUUUCAUGCUGAGCAAGAUCCACGCAAUCUAUCGCAGUGGCACCGAAACUAAUCGAAUUACAAUGGACAAGGCGCGCCAGGAGUUCCAGUCGGGAUUCUUCGGUAAUCAGAUUGUACGAGAUGCGGCUGCCGGGGCUGCUCGAGCUACCGUUACAUCGCAGUUCAGUCAGAACAGCAUUUACUAAUAGGCCCUCCCUUCUAAAAGUGAUCACAGUUGAGGAAGAAAGCAUUGAAUUUGCGUCCGAUAGUCAGUGAUUGUAGUUCCAGCUUAAAUAGUGAGAAGCAAAGAAGGUAACCAACCAGAAGAUCAAUUGAAUGUUGUUUAGCACAAAUUUCCUAAGAGUAUAAAGAAAAUUCGCGUACGGAACAGGGCAGUUUAAUCCGCCAGAAGAAAGUGUUCCUUUUCGUGUGUACUGUAUCUCCUCAGUGUUAUAUUAGGUUCAUCAGGCGGUAAGAGGAAAACGAAAGCGGAACUUAAGUUUCUACAUGCAUUUCACAAAUUAUUCCUGUAUUUCUAUGUAACAACACAAUCAUCGGAAGGACAAGAUUAUUAAAAUGUGCUUGAUUAAA